AUGUUUAAUCACCAACAUCAACAACCAUUACAACUGUUGCUACAACUGCAACAGCCACAAUUGCUGUCCAUGCAAGUACAACCUUCUAUCAACAUGAACACCAAGAACAAUAAUACUGCUUCUUCUGCAUCAAAGGAAAAGUAUCGUAUCCGAGUCCAUAGAGCCUGUGACCGGUGUCGGACUCAGAAGAUCAAGUGUUCUGGUACCUUCCCCUGUAAUACUUGUCUCAAGUAUAAGAAAGACUGUACAUAUGAGAAGAGCCACUACCCCCAUAAGAGAUCAGGUUCUACUGACGAUGAGCUCCUUCCAACUGGAGGCGACAUUGUACGUCCUGUUAGUGCAAUGGCGAACAUCAACCACAUCAAUGGCAGCGAAACAAGCAUUUCACUGCAACACAAUGAGACAUUGAAGAGAAGUCAUAACGGUGAUGAUGAUGAGACCAAAAAGUACUUGGAGAAGAGAGUUAAAUAUUUGGAGAACAUUAUAUUGGAGAAUAACCAAACGUAUUAUCGUCGUGAGCCUCUUCAAAGUAUGAUUGGACCAGCCAAUGAAAUGAUGGCUGGUAGUUCUCAAUUGCUAUUGCCUGAUUUGAUCUUCCCUCUGUCUAAAUGGAGAUAUUCCCGUCGUCAUCAGAACCUCUUAGUGUUUGAGUUGUCUCAGACAUUGUACAAGAGUAUAUCCAAAUAUGAGAACCGUCGAAAGGUCAAGGUUCCCAGGUUCCAAUACUUUGGUUGGAAUAUGAGUGGUGGUCACUAUAUUCCUUCGGAAGAAUUGCCUUCGGAAUAUCCUGCUUUCCAUAAUUAUCCGCAUUAUGGUGAGUUGGAUAGUAGGAUGAGCCUUGUGGACUACUUCUUCAGGAAUAUCAAUCCGUUAUUUGCCAUUUUGCAUGAAGAAGUGUUCCGUCAGCAAAUCAAUGUCUAUCAUGAGUUGGUUGAAUCAUCUUCAUCAGCCAAUGGGCCCCCCACUGGGAACUCGACCUCUUCAAUGUCUGGUGCUAAUGUUAAGAAUAAAACUAGUUUAUUCUCUGCUUUAUUAUUCAUGACUUAUGCAUUAUCCAUACGGUUCAUGGUAGCUGCAGAUCCUUAUCCCAAUGUGGAAUUGUUCAAACUUGAAGAAGAAUGUUUCAAGUACUCUUAUGCGGUUAUUCGUAUACUUUCCUUCCAGUGGGAAUCGUUUGAGUUGAUCCAAGGCUGGUUACUUAUUGCUCUAUAUUUAAGAGUCAGUCACAGACAAACUACAGUUAGUAGUGCUAUAAAUGAAGCCGUCUCCAUGACAAGAUUAAUGGGUAUUGGAAGUAAAGUCCCGAAGCUACAAACAGCUACUGAAUAUGAACGUUUGAAAGCCAAAAGAAUCUUCUGGAGUUGCUACACAAUGGAAAGAGUAUUUGCUCUACAAACUGGUAGAUAUGGUGCACUAAACGAAAUUGAUAUUUUUGCUGAGCCAUUGACCAGUUAUAACUUUGAAGAAGUUGGUGAUACUUGGUUAACUAAACCAGCCUUUGCCUUAUUACACAUUGCCAGAAUUAUUAAUUUCAUUUAUUCCAGUACUAAUGAUGUUUUUGACUCUAAUUUGGUGAGUGCAAUGAAUAAUGAGUUGACGUUACUAUCUGAUUGGCUAGACCAAAAUGGUUUUAACGAUGAUACAAUCUAUGAUGAUGAAAAUGAACAGGAUCUAUACAAGUUACUUAAAGUCCAAGUGAAAUUACAUUUUUAUGAUUUAAUCUUGAGUUUACAUGGGAAAGCCAUGUUUGAUAUUUUAAGAGAUAAUCAAACUGAAGGAAUCCAGGAUCAUCAAGGUUUACUGAUUCCGAAAUUAUUGGAGACUUCAGCAGCAGCUACUAAGCUUUUAUUUGCUACCAAUAAGCGGAAAAUGCUUUACAUUCCUUGGUACUAUAAUCUUUUAUUACUUUUCAAUAUCGGAGUUAAUUCCCUAACUAUGGUAUUCUCUGGUGGAAAUAAAUACAUUAACUCAAGCAGAGACUUGUUAGAGGACACAAUUAAAUUGUUAACAAUUAUAAAAGAUGCUAAAUACCCUAACGGAGAACCUCGGUUCAAAAUGGCCAAAGAAUGUCUUUGGUGUGUUAAAAUGACUAACCAUAUGGUCUCCUUACAGUUAAGUGAACAAUUGAAUAUGUUGAAACUGAUUGGAAUCGACCAUGGUUCAAAUGUAGUCAACGAUGAACAAUUUACGACUUUAGGAGUAAAAGAUAAAGACGAACAAGAUGACGAGAAUGAAGGAGAGUUGUUGAAUAAGAGAUUGAUAAAAAAGGCUAAGGUGAAAUCGGAAGGUCUAACUAAUCUGGAAACCAUGAGUGUUGAAAGUGGUAGUUCGGCAGUUCUAGGAUCACCAAAAUCAGUUUAUGAAAACGACAUGCUAUUUAGCAACUUGCAAUGGUUUGACCAAUGGUUAAACUAUGAAUCUAUAUAG